AUGCUACGUUUUAAAUGCUGUUGGUUGUUGCUAGUGUUUCUAGUCUUACCUUCAGCUACCAUCGCAUUACCGUAUCCAAAUGAUCGACAGCAGCUACAUUAUGUUGACAUUCAUCAGUUUUCGCAAUUUUUUUCAUCACAUCUCCUGUUCGACCACCUGGAUGGAACAUUGACUGUUUUAUCAAAACGUAUAUCUCAGCAUUUUCAAGAUCUUAUCCAGGUCACUGUUCAGCCGUUGGGUGGUGGUCCUAAUGAUGAUUUCGAGGUAGACGUGGACUUGCUGAAAGGUCAAUUGCAAGGUGCUGUUGGAUCUUUCAUUGAGGAUUCACUACCUACCAUUUGGAAUACUCGAUCCAGUGUCAUUGAUAGAUUGUCUAUCAGCCAAUACAUUGAAAAAACAACAUCUGAAUAUUGCACCAUUACGACAGAAAACACACUGAUGAACACAUGUAUCGAGAAAAAUGCAAAUCAGAUUGUAACUCGUGUAGAUCAAUAUAUUCAAAACCACGUUAAAGACAUCUUGACAUCUAUCGUCAUGGAAGAUCUUCCACCUUUAUUUCAGACAACUCAAUCACAUGUGAAUGGCAUUUUAGCGCAUUUCAACCAUUACCUUGUAAAGAUUAGAGACAGAAAAUCGUUCAAAGACUCAAACGCCGCACAGAACACUAUUGUUAUUCAACAAAAUCUGGAGAAUUCAGUCGAAUUGAUUACAUACUUAGAAAUGACUGUAAAUUUGUAUCACCAAUCGCUGGAAGAUGCAUCCCAUUCCUCGCUUCAGAAGUUUAUCUCCCUUGCUCGAGUCAACUAA